AUGAACAUCAGUCACGUUAGCAAUCCUUCCUCAUCGUCUCCACGACCAGACUACCAAGUAUUCCUGAGUUUCAGAGGGCCAGACACACGCAGGACCUUUGCAGAUUUCCUGUACACCAGCUUGACUGGUGUUGGGAUUCGCGUUUUCAGGGAUGAGGAAGAUCUGGAGAAAGGCAAAGAAAUGAACCCCCAGCUGAUCCAGGCGAUAGAGCAGUCCAAGAUAUCGAUACCCGUCAUCUCCAAGGAGUACGCGUCCAGCAAGAGCUGUCUCAUGGAAUUGAAGGAAAUGGUGAAGUGCAUGGACGGGAAGAAUCACACCAUCAUCCCCAUCUUCUACUAUGUCAAUCCGUCGGAUGUACAAAACUGCACGGGCCCUGUCAAGAUGGCCUUGAAUGAGCACAAGAAGCGCGGCAGAGAUGACAGUAUCCUUAAUCCCUGGAAGUCUGCCCUCCAACGGAUCGGAGACUUGACGGGACACCAUCUCCACGAAAAUCAAGAAAAGAAACAUGGUGAAUUCAUAAAGUUAAUUGUCCGCAAAGUUGAGCAGAUGCUGCAGACGAGGGACCUAAUUUUGCCGAAACAAUUAGUUGUAGUCAAUCCUCAUGUGCAAGAAAUAAUGGCAAAGCUGAAGGUUGACUACCGCGAUGGGCAAGAGGUUGAAAUUGGGGACACAUGUGAAAAGGUGUUACUAAUACAUGGCAUCCCCGGGAUUGGUAAGACGGUCCUGGCGAAAUGUGUUUAUAAUAAACUUAACCAUCUGUUUGAUGCCUGUAGCUUUCUUGAAAAAUUCCAAGAAGAAAUUAGAGAUCACAGCAUCGUGUCUGUGCAAAACAGACUGAUUUCCCACCUCCACAAGGAAAAUGCCCAAACGUUUGAUUGUUCUGACUUUGCUCUGAAACAUAUUGAGAGCAGGUUUUGCGCCAUGAAGGUCCUUCUUCUCCUUGACAAUGUGAAGGACCGUGAACAGCUCAGCGCAUUAGUCGGAGAGCUUGAUUGGCUGGGCCCGGGGAGCAGAGUCAUUGUGACAUCCCAAAGAGAUGACGUCCUUAAAAAAGUCAAGGGCGCGGAAAAGUUUGGUCUUACAACGAUGCAACAAGAUGAAGCUCUGAAAUUAUUCUGUUGGCAUGCUUUUGGAAGGGAUUCUUCCCCUGAGGAAUUAGGGAGCUGGCAACGAAAAUCGUUGCUGCUACUGAUGGGCUUCCUUUGGCGCUUGAGAAGGUCUUGGGUGGAAAUCGGAGAGAAUAAAGAACUAUGCAUGGGGGGAAUACUGAAGGCCUUUGGCAAGGAAAUUGUCAAGAGUGAAAACAAGAAUGAACCUUGCCAGCGCAGUAGGCUGUGGAACCACGAAGAGGCACUGGAUGUAUUAACAAAUAGGAAGGGUACUAAGUUCAUUGGAGCCCUUGGGCUCGAGUUUGCUGACGAAUCUGAAGGGAAUAUCAGUUUUCAAAGUGAUCAAUUUGAUCGUUUAUGGAGCUUGAGGUUCCUCAAGCUAGAUUGGGCUAAUAUUCAGGGAAACUCUUUGGCUAAUAUUCAGGGAUACUCUAUGGGUUAUAUUUCGAGCUUAAGGUGGCUUCAUUGGCAUCAUUGGCGAGGGUGCACUAAGAUUAUGAAAUCGGUAGAUCUGGAUUUGCAAAACUUGGUGAUUUUUGAUUUGUCGAGGAGUCGGGUUCACGUAGACUGGAGAGGUUGGAAGUUGUUCUCGAUGGCCAGUAAUCUGAAAGUUUUGAAACUAACUGGUUGUACUAAUUUGACUUCCAUUCCAAAAUUUCCUAAGUCAUGGGGGCUAGAAAGACUUAUUCUGGAAGGUUGCUCUAAUUUAGCAGUUAUCAAUCUAUCAAUUAAUAAACUGGAGAAGUUGAUUUCUUUGAACUUGAAGGGAUGCAGUCUCCUCAAUGAAUUGCCAGAUUUGGGUCCCCUGACAAGCUUGAAAGAGCUGGUGAUUGACGGAACUUCCAUUUCUCGAAUCAAUUUCCAAGAAGGUUCAAUGAUGAAGCUCAAAACUCUCAGCGCUCGCAAUUGUAAAGACCUGACUGACAUAUCCGAUUCGAUCGGGUACUUAAAGUCUCUCAAAUAUCUCUCUCUCGAUGGCUCUGGAAUCCAUACCCUACCGGAGUCUAUUGGAUCUCUGGAGAAACUGAAGACACUGUCUCUGAAGAAUUGCCAGAGGCUAACUGAUCUUCCCGAUGGAAUAGGAGGGCUCCGCUCAUUGCAAUUCCUAGAUUUAUCUUACACUGAGAUUAAGAAGUUACCAACGUCAGUCGAUGAUUUGAAAGCUAUGGAAGUGCUCAGGAUGAGGGGUACUUUCAUACAGGAGUUACCUGAAACAAUUUUGAAUCGAGAGAAGCCGGUAGAGAUAGAUAUCUCGUUAUGCCAGGAAUUAGAGGCGGAGAUCCACUUCGACAUUGAAAGAUUGUCGUCUUUCGCAAUCAUGAACGAAAGAUAG